AUGAUCUUCCCUAGUUUUACAAGCUUCACUGAAAAAGAUGACAUAUUCCUCAGGAACCUGGGCGAGUUCCAAUACUUUGUGUACUUGGAGGCCAAGCAGUGCUUUGUGCUUCCUUUCAAGAUUCAAGGCAUCGGACAGGACCGCGAGGAUCACGAAGCGUUGCUGGAACACUUCUGGAAGUCUCCCAAGACACUGAAACUCCAUGGUUUUACUUCUACGAUGGCCUAA